AUAUGGAGUUAGAUUUAUUUUGGCUGAUUCUUGCAAUUCUUCUUGGCACUUAUGGUGUCUUGUUUGGAUUUCUCAGCCGAAUAAACGAGUGGUAUUAUGUUAGUUUCAGGUUGAGUCACGAGAAGCGGCGGGCUCUCCCUCCAGGUGAUAUGGGAUGGCCUGUGCUCGGCAAAAUGUUGUCUUUCCUGCGAGCUUUCAAAUCCAGUAAUCCUGAUAACUUCAUUUACAACUUAGUUGACAGAUAUGGUCGAACAGGUAUAUAUAAGAGUUACUUAUUUGGGAGCCCGAGCGUUAUAGUUUGCACCCCAGAAACGUGUAGACGAGUGUUGAUGGACACUGAGCAAUUUGCACUUGGUUAUCCUGCUUCAACCAAGCAUUUAACAGGAAAAAAAUCAUUCCAUAGCAUUUCAGUUUCAGAACACAAGCGACUCCGCAAGCUGACGACAAGUUCAAUCACUGGCAAUGAGGCUCUAGCCAUGUACAUUGAGUACAUCCAGAACAUUGUGAUUACUUCAUUGGAUAAAUGGGCGAGAAACGACAAGCCAAUCGAGUUCUUGACUGAGAUGAGGAAGAUUGCUUUCAAAGUCAUCACUCACAUCUUUCUGGGAUCCGAUAGUGAUUCGAUUCUUGGAUCAGUGGAGAAAUAUUACACUGAUAUACUUUACGGAUUGAAGUCUUCUGCCAUUAACAUCCCCGGUUUCGCUUUUCACAGAGCACUCAAGGCACGAAAUAAGUUGUUGAAGAUCCUUCAAACUGUUCUAGAUGAAAGAAGAGCAAUGAGGGAAAGUAAAGAUAAGCAGAAGGCGAAGAGAGGCAUGAUUGAUUUAAUGAUGGAAGUGGAAGAUGAGAAUGGUAAAAAGUUGGAGGAUGCAGAUAUCAAAGAUUUACUCCUCAUGUUCUUAUUAGCCGGUCAUGAAAGCUCAGCGCAUGCUGCAAUGUGGGCGAUACUCUACCUGCAUCAGCAUCCUGAAAUGCUACAGAAAGCCAAGGAAGAACAAGAGGAGAUUAUGAAGAGAAGACCCUCAACACAGAAAGGAUUGAAUCUCAUCGAAAUUAAACAAAUGGAAUAUCUUGCUAAGGUGAUAGAUGAAACAUUGCGAAGAACCAAUCUUUCAUUUGCAAAUUUUCGCCAGGCAAAAGUAGAUGUUACCAUCAAAGGUUAUACGAUACCAAAAGGUUGGAAAGUUUUGGUUUGGAACAGAGGUGUUCACAUGGAUCCUGAAAAUUACCCUCACCCAAACCAGUAUGAUCCUUCAAGAUGGGAGAACCAUGUAGCUAAACCAGGAGCUUUUAUUCCCUUUGGAGCUGGACCCAGGAUUUGCCCUGGAGCUGAUCUAGCCAAGCUUGAAGUCUCCAUUUUCCUUCAUUAUUUUCUCCUUAACUACAAGCUUGAACAACUUAAUCCAGGUUGCCGAAUUGUGUACUUACCAAUACCAAAGCCUUCAGAUAACUGUCUUGCAAAAGUAAUUAAACUCAGAUCAUGAACAUCCACACAUUUCUCAGAAAUUUAAUUCGUUUAUGUAGUCAAGUAAUAUAGCCAUUUACUUGU